UGACGUCUACAGAGAAAACGAAACUUAGUGAGUCUGAAUUAAAACAGCCCGGUCGUCCGUGGAAGUAGAGUUAAAAUGAAAACAAAGACGAUAAUAUAUCGUUAGUGAGUAUUCUGAGAGUUACUCUGUUGAAUUGUGACUGUUGCGUUAUUAAUAAUGGCCGUAGCUAAACUAAACGAGUAUGCGCAGAAAGCGCGUUUAGAUCUGAGAUACGAGGACGUUGGAUGUGACGGCCUCGACCACAUUCGGACAUUUACAGUGAGAGCCGUCCUGGAUGGUAAGACGUAUGAUGGUGUGGGGAAGAACAAGAAGGAAGCCAAACUGAAAGCAGCUGAAAAUGCCUUCAGUGUCCUGUCUGAGGGAACUAUUGAUCCUACAGAAAAGACAACAGAAGCUUCUGCUGCACCGACUGAUCAGACAAGCAUCCCUCAAGCCAAGUACACGUGUUGGCUCAAUGAAUACGGUCAACAGAAAAGGUCUGAUAUCAGGGCUGUGGAGUCAACGAGACUGGGACCAACCGGUGCUACUCAAUGCUGUAGGUUUGUGGUUGGUGAUAAGGAGUAUCCAGCGGCCACUGGGAGAACAAAGAAGGACGCUAAGGAGGAAGCAGCCAAGCUCGUAUAUCACGAGAUAUGUGGCGGUAAUACUACAGAGACUAGAGUGGAGAAAUCCAGUGGCACAUCAAGCCAAAAAAAAGAAGAAUCAAAUCGAAAUGUUUCGGACAUCUGCAAUCAGAUGAAGAGCUUGAGUGUAAUCACCAAAGACAGCAAGUUGUCUCUUUUGUCGGCUGUGUCCAAUGAAGGUCUGUCCUCGAGCACACCGGAGUCCAACAAUGCAAAAUCGAAAAGAGUGCCGAUGGCUUCAAGUGACUCUGCGGUUUUCACCAAUUCAUCAAAUCAGGAUCAGAUUAAAAGUCCUGACGUGAAGCCCAAAAUAAGAAUUGCAGCAAAUUUCGCAAAUGCCUGCAGAAACAGCAAAGAGGAUGAAAUGCCCAAUUUCAGGGACAAGAACCCAGAAAGUAGUCCAAGUAAGAAAAUAACAACCCAGUCAAGGUUUACAACUGAAUAUGACUCCAUGGUGAGCCUCGGCAAAGGAACCUUUGGUCGUGUUUUUAGGGCAAAACAAAAACUACUGAAGAAGUAUUAUGCUGUAAAGAUUGUCCGUUGCAAAGAGUCAGUCAAGAUCAAAAAAGCUCUACGAGAGGUGAUGGCAUUAUCAGACCUCCAUCACUGCAAUAUUGUUCGAUACUACUCAUGUUGGUUGGAGGACUCUGGGUACCAAUGGGACAGUGGAGAUGACAGUUCCAGCAGUUCACAGUCGACUGACAAUACAUCUGUAAAGUACCUGUAUAUUCAGAUGGAGCUGUGUGACACCAAAACACUGAGAGUGUGGAUAGACGAGAAGAAUACUCAGAAUGUGAAGAAAUCUCUACGAGACUCCAAGAGAAGAGAAGAAAGUCUAACUAUUGCUCAGCAAAUAGUCAGUGCAGUCGAGUACUUUCACUCGAAGAUGCUCAUCCACAGAGACCUGAAGCCUGCCAACAUCCUGUUCGGGCAAGAUGGGGAAGUCAAGAUCGGAGACUUUGGUCUGGUUACUGAGGAAAAUAACGUAGAUGCUGAGAACCUCUUGGAGAGAACGGUGUACAAAGGAACCCCAAGUUACAUGGCGCCAGAGCAAAGGAGCAGGAGCAUUUAUGAUCGAAAAGUGGACAUAUUUGCUUUGGGGUUGGUAUAUUUUGAACUCCUUUGGAACAUCUUUACCGGCCCGGAAAAGAAAGCGAUUUGGGAAGACGCCAGAAUCCAGCAAUUCCCUGAGGGAUUUCAACACAAUUUUCCCCUGGAGAUCACAAUCAUUAAGUCAAUGCUGUGUCAAAAGUCAGAAGAUCGCCCUGAAGCAAGUAAACUAAAGCAGGACUUGGAAAAGUGCUCUCAGACAAUUACAAUGCUUAAAGAUGCACGACGCCUCAGUCGGACUGUCUGAGUCUUACAAGGAAAUACUGAAACAACAGGUAACGGCAUUAGUCAUCACAAGCGUGACUAUUAAUUCAGCAUUGUAUUCCAGUGUUUUUUUAUUUGCAAGUUUUUUUUAUUGCUAAGGGGAGUGUCUCUUUAACUGUUGAUCUGAUGUAACAAAAUGGAUCAAAAAGUAACAAAAUCAAAUGUAUCACAAUAAUGGAACUGGUUUUAUAAACAGGAUUGAGUUGUACCGUGUCAAAUCAGAUCAGAAUGUUUGUAUAAUUAUUUUUAUUUUUUUUCCAUGUAAAUGCUGUUCGAGACCAAAACAUUGCAUAGCAGUUAAAGCCAUUUUUAGGGUUCAAUAUCUUCAGAAAUGUAACCCCUGGAGCCAUUAAAAAAUUGGUAGUGGCACAGACAAAAUUGAUAUUUUUCAUCACUGACCUUUAAAAAUGGAAAAAGUACAAAAUGGGUAGUUUUGGGAGCCCAGGAAGUUCCUUAAAGUAUAUAUAAAUGGACAUUCCCAUUCUUCUAAUUAGUUAUACAGUAUUUUAUUGAUGUUUUGCCAAAUUUCAAAGUCUCUAAAAUCAUCAAAAUCGAGAAAUGGCAAGAAUGGCGAUGUGGACUUAUUCCUAGGACCAUAAAAAAGUAUGUGAAAAGGGCUUCUACAUGUGGCCAUGUUGUCUUCAGUACCAGUCUGAGCAGUCAAGCUGCUAUUGUUUUCAGCUUGUGAGUAUGUGUGUGAGUCAUCGUGGCAUAAUGUGGUCUUACUGUAGCAGGAACCACCACAAAAGAAGUAUUGAUUACUUUACUGGGUGGUAACAUUUCUGUCUGUGGACAGAUUUUGCGACCACGAUAGGGUGGCAACUUUGAAAUAUGCAGUCAAGGGCCCUCCACAUGUAACUCCCUUGGCUCAAUCUGGUGUCGGCUGGUGUGAGUGAUCCCAUCAAAAGGCUCAUUAUGCCCAAUUGGGUAUAAUGAGCCCUUCAUGAACUAAAAAAGAAAACUAUGACCUAUGGUACAUCUGAUUAUGGCAUCAGGAGCAGGGUUGGGACAUGUAAUUAUUAUUUUGUCGUUGGAUAUACAAGUGAGAUGCCAUGUGUUUCAUGACACAUUUACUUGUAACUUUACACAUGUCCACAUUUUCACAAUAUGUCUAUGGUCCUAGGAAUGAGUCUACAUUGCAAUUUUGAUAUCUCAAAAAGGCAACAAAUUGCAACCUUGGGUGGUCAUACUUGCCAUAUCUUCGAUUCUGUUGAUGUUUGAGCCCGUAAAAUUUGGUAUAACAUCAAUUAAAGACUGUAUUUCUAACGAGAAGUAUGGACAUUUCUAUAUAUACAGUAUAUACUUAGGGGGCUACCUGGGGCAUGUUUUUUUUUCCAUUUUCAAAGGCCAGUAAUGAAAGAUACGUCAUCUACAUCUGCCUUUCAGUCAUUUGGUUCUUGUGUACAUGGUUUUGUCUGUGUGCUGUCCAAAGAUAUAGCAUCCUAAAAAAGGCUCCAUGCCUAAGUGGUGUUUUAAUUAUUUUUAGGGGGGGAAACAUGACAACAUUCCCAGGAGAAAAAAAAAACAUUUUAUUCAAUUUCUCCCAACAUAUUUUAACAAAUGUAAUUAGUUUUGGUCUCAAAUAGAAUAUAUAUAUAUAUAUAUAUAUAUAUAUAUAUAUAUAUAUAUAUAUAUAUUUAUGGUUUGAACAAAAUGUAUACAUGUAAAACCAUGGAAUGACCCCAAUGCAACAUUAUUCACUUUUAAUAUUCAAUCAUGUCCUGGGUAAUUACUUUGACAACUGAUACUGAAAUAAUGCAUUCUAUGCUGUCAAUGGAUACAUGUGUGCUAAGUGAUGCCAGAUUACACCAUUUGCUUUAUAAUGAAUAGGGAAAUAAAACAUUGACAACUAG